CGCCCCCGGCCUUGCCCGGACUUAAGAUGGCGGCGGCCGCGCCCGGUCACGUGCAGGCGGGCGGGGCGGCCGCGCUCCCCUCUCCGGUGGCGGCGCGCGCGGCAGGAUGGAGCCGGCGGCGCUGGAGCGUUUCCUCAGCCCGGGCAAGGGCAGCGGCCUCCGCUCCGGCCGCAGCGUGCGGCCCGGAGAGCUGCUCUACCGCGACGUGCCCUUCGCCUACGUGCUCAGCAAGCAGCAGCUGGGCAGCGUGUGCGAGCGCUGCCUGCGCAGGAAUGAAAAUCUGCACAGGUGCUCUCAGUGCAAGGUUGCUAAAUACUGUGGUAGAUCUUGUCAGAAAGAAGCUUGGCUGGACCACAAGCAGGAAUGCAAGUGUCUUAAGAGCAUUGAGCCCAAUUUUCCUCCAGACUCUGUCAGACUUGCUGGAAGGAUUGUUUUUAAACUACUCAGACAAUCAGUAUGCCCUUCUGAGAAACUCUACUCUUUUUCCGAUCUUCAGUCAAACACUGAACGACUAAGUGAAGAAAUGAAAGAUGGCCUCAGGCACCUUGCACAGACUUUGCAACUGUAUUUGAAAACUGAGAUACAGGAUGAGUCUCAAUUGCCACCUGCAAUUGACUUUUUUCAGAUCUUCACAAAACUGUUACCUUGGACUUUGGAAUAUUCUCCCUCAUCAGUGGUACCAUCUGGCUGCUCUGUCAUGAUAUUUCUACUUCAUCAGCCUUUGGUGACUUGUAACUGUUUCACCAUCAGUAAUGGAGAGAUGCAGGAUGUUGGUGUUGGCCUGUAUCCCAGCAUGUCUUUACUGAACCACAGCUGUGACCCAAACUGUGUGAUCGUUUUUGAAGGAUACCAGCUUUUACUUCACUCUGUCCGAGAGAUCCAGAUUGGUGAAGAGCUCACCAUCAGCUACGUUGAAUCACUGAUGCCUACCAGGGAACGUCAGAAGCAGCUGCUGCGCCAGUAUUGCUUCGAAUGUGAUUGUCCACUCUGCCAGAAUCAAGAGAAGGAUGCUGAGAAAUUGGCCGGUGAAGAGCAUGCCUGGAAAGAAGUCAAAGAUGCUGUAAAUGAAGUGAGAUAUCCAAAAUCAAAAGAAGAGUGGAGGCAUGUUCUGGCAAGGUGCCAGGAUCUCUUGAGCAACAACGAGGGUCAUCUACCAGAUACAAAUAUCUAUCAGCUGAAAAUGCUUGACUGUGCCAUGGAUGCCUGUAUUAACCUUGAAUCCUGGGAAGAAGCAUUGUAUUAUGGCAGCAGGACUCUGGAACCAUACAGACUGUAUUAUCCUGGUUUCCAUCCACUGAGGGCUGUCCAGCUGAUGCGAGUGGGCAAGCUGCAGUACAGUCAAGGCAUGGUUCCUCAGGCACUGGAAACCUUGAAACAGGCCUAUAAUAUUAUGAAGGUGACCCAUGGGACAGAUCACAGCCUGAUGAAAGUCUUGAUGGAGUUAAAGGAAGAGUAUGAGGCCAUGAUGAGAAUACAGUGAAGAUAAUCUCUAGUCUGGAAAACAAAAUAUUCAAGGACAAAGAUGUUGUUUUUUAUUUAAUUGUGAAGGUUCUCAAUGGUUUUAGUGUCUUUUUUAUAGGUCCUAUUUGCUUUACAAAAAGGUUUCAUAUUAGUUUUGCUGUAUGGUCUGAAUUGAGUGGGUGUUUGGCAGAAUUCCUGUAAUUUUCAGAGGUUUUUUUGUAUCAUCAAUCAUCAGUCUUAUUGACAAUAACUAAAAACCUAAUUAUUUGAUUCUAAGUAUUGGCAAAAUGCAUACAGAGUCUUCAUCAGUUACAAAGUGAUCUAAUUCCACUGAUAUCAGCAGUCAUUUUUUUAUUACUUUUAUGAAUUGCUGGCAUCCGUUUAUGCCAGCAAUUAGGAAUCUCUUGUCAGACACAUUAUAAAUUAAGAGAAUAUACUUUUUUCCCUUUGCCUUGCCCUUUGGUAUGGUUUCCGAAAGCCUGAUCCAGUGCUCUUUGACAUCAAAUAAGUUUCCUGUUGUUUUAUAUUAGUUUUUCUUCCCUCCCAAUAGAUCUGCAGGGCUUUGUCUGUCUUCUUCUUCCAUUUCAUACCUUAUAAUAUUGAAUAUUAAAAUGGAUUAAAUAAAAAAUUUUGUCAUGGGUGGAAAUUGCUUACUCUGCUUUUCCCCAUUUUGCCAUCUUCAAGAGUUUCUCAUUUCAUUACAGUUUUAAGAACUGA